AUGAGGGGUGCUAUUCUGGCCACCGCGGCCGCUCUUGCAGGUACCGCCAUGGCCGAUGUCGCGCACAUGCGUCGUCACGGCCAUGACUCUUUCCACCAGCGUCGUGCUGCUGUCGCCGAAGCUGAUGCUACCUGCGGCUGCACCACCGAGGUCGUCACUGUCUGGGGUCCCCCUACCCUGAUCCCCGUUGCGACUCCCACUCCCAGCACCGUCACUUCCGAGGCUGUCACCACUUUGCACUCGACCAGCACCAGCACCGUGACUAUUGUUGCCAGUGCCUCCACUCCCGCGACCAGCUCGAGCCCUGCUACCCCUAAGGUCCCUCUGCCCACUCCCGCCAUCACCAACUUCCCCUCGACUGGUGUCUACACCAUUCCCGCCACCACUGUGACCGUCUUCGACACAACCACCGUGUGCGGAGCUACCACUACCGAGCUGCCCGCUGGUACUCACACCUACGGUGGUGUCACCACUGUGGUUGAGACCGCGACCACUGUCGUCUGCCCUUACGCCACCGUUGAGCCCUCUGGCACCACCGUGACCAGCGUGAUCAAGACCACCACCUACGUCUGCCCUACUCCUGGCACCUACACCAUUGCUCCCACCACCACCACCGUCCCUACCAGCACCGUCGUUGUCUACCCCACUCCCGCCGUCAUCACUCCUGGUACCUACACUCAGCCUGAGCAGACUGUGACCGUCACGCGUACCGACUACACCUAUGUCUGCCCCUUCACCGGCCAGAACGAGCCCACCUCUGCUCCUGCUGCCCCUAGCACCACUGCCGUCCCUGCUACCACCACCGCCGCUGUGCCUUCCACCAGCUCUGCUGCCCCCUCCAGCUCCAGCACAGCUCCUGCUUCCACCGGUGCCGUCGGCGGCCAGAUGGGUAUGACCUACACUCCUUACACCAAGGGCGGUGACUGCAAGGACAAGUCCUCCGUACUCUCCGAGGUCGCCAACCUCAAGUCCAAGGGUUUCACCCAUGUCCGUGUCUACUCGACCGACUGCAACAGCUUGGAGUACAUUGGUGAGGCCGCCCGGACUUCUGGUCUUCAGAUGAUCAUUGGUGUCUUCAUCAGCAGCACUGGUGUCUCCGGUGCCCAGGACCAGGUUACCGCUAUCUCCAAGUGGGCCCAGUGGGACCUCGUCAGCCUGAUCGUCGUCGGUAACGAGGCUAUCCAGAACGGCUACUGCGAUGCUUCCACCCUUGCCGGCUUCAUCUCCUCUGCCAAGUCCGCCUUCCAGUCGGCCGGCUACACUGGCAAGGUCACCACCACCGAGCCCAUCAACGUCUGGCAGGCUUACGGCUCCACCCUGUGCGGUGUUUGCGACAUCAUCGGUGCCAACAUCCACCCCUUCUUCAACGCCGAUGUCUCCGCCGACCAGGCCGGCAAGUUCGUUGCUCAGGAGAUCAAGGUCCUUGAGGGCAUCUGCCCUGGCAAGGAUGUUCUCAACCUGGAGACCGGCUGGCCCCACGCUGGUAACGCCAACGGCAAGGCUGUUCCCGGUGCCUCCGAGCAGGCUAUCGCCAUCAAGUCCAUUGCCCAGGAAGUCGGCUCCAAGUCUGUCUUCUUCUCCUACUUUGAUGACCUGUGGAAGGAGCCCGGCCAGUUCGAUGUCGAGCGCUACUGGGGUUGCAUCGACACCUUCAACUAA